UGCGCCUGAAUGGUACAUUCCGGUCCGCCUGGCCCGGCUGCAGUGGAUGUUGCUAGAACCCACGCGGAGGAAGGAAGAGACGCAGGCAGGCUGCGGUGACCCAAGCGGCCGCCCCUGCCUCAGGGACCCCUUCCCGGAGAGACGGCACCAUGACACAAGGAAAGAUCUCCGUGGCUAACAAGGCCCCCGGGACAGAGGGGCAGCAGCAGGCCAAUGGUGAGAAGAAGGAGACUCCAGCAGUGCCCUCGGCCCCGCCCUCCUAUGAGGAGGCCACCUCUGGAGAGGGGUUGAAGGCAGGGGCCUUCCCCCCAGCCCCGUCGGCUGUGCCUCUCCAUCCCAGCUGGGCCUAUGUGGAUCCUAGCAGCUCCAGCUAUGAGAACGGAUUCCCCGCUGGAGACCACGAGCUCUUCACCACCUUCAGUUGGGACGACCAGAAAGUUCGCCGAGUCUUCAUCAGAAAGGUCUAUACAAUCCUACUGAUCCAGCUGCUGGUGACGUUGGGUGUCGUGGCUCUCUUUACCUUCUGUGACCCCGUUAAGGACUAUGUCCAGGCCAACCCAGGAUGGUACUGGGCAUCCUAUGCUGUGUUCUUCGCCACCUAUCUGACCCUGGCCUGCUGUUCUGGACCUAGGAGGCAUUUCCCCUGGAACCUGAUUCUCCUGACCAUCUUCACCCUGUCCAUGGCCUACCUCACUGGGAUGCUGUCCAGCUACUACAACACAACAUCUGUGCUGCUGUGUCUGGGCAUCACGGCUCUCGUCUGCCUCUCAGUCACCGUCUUUAGCUUCCAGACUAAGUUUGACUUCACCUCCUGCCAGGGUGUGAUCUUCGUGUUGCUCAUGACUCUUUUCUUCAGUGGACUCAUCCUGGCCAUCCUCCUGCCCUUCCAAUACGUGCCCUGGCUCCACGCUGUGUAUGCCGCUCUGGGAGCAGGCGUGUUUACGUUGUUCCUGGCAUUUGACACCCAGUUGCUGAUGGGUAACCGACGCCACUCACUGAGCCCUGAGGAGUAUAUUUUUGGAGCCCUCAACAUUUACCUAGACAUCAUCUACAUCUUCACCUUCUUCCUGCAGCUUUUUGGCACCAACCGGGAAUGAGGAGCCCUUCCUUCCUUCCUUCCUUCCUUCCUUCCUUCAAAGAAUGUCCCCCUUGCUGGUCCUCUGACCCUCCCUGUGCUCCUGCAAGCCCAGAUAUAAAACUAGCUGCCAGCCCAUCCUGUGGCCUCCCCUCAGCCCGACACUCACACCCUCACCCUCUGCAGCUUGUACCCAACCACCAGGGGCCCUGUGGAACUGAGGUCACACCAUCCCCUGUGCUGCCCCUUCCCCCCAGUUACAUCUCCCAAAGUGGACAGUCAAGGCUGGAGGCUCCCCUGGGUUUGAGGACCCACAGAACGAGUGGGAGGAGCCCGACAGGAUUCCAGAUGUGGGAAAGGGACACCAGGAAGCCUGACUGAGGCCUGCACCCCACCAGAGUUCCUCCUAAGACUGCCACAGCUGUGUGACCUUGGGGCACACUGUCCUGUGUCCAAUCCACUCCUCCCUUCUUUGCUUCCAGAUCAGGCACUGACCCUUUCUCUUAUCCAC